GCCAGGAGGAAGCGCCCCGGGCAGGGACGGGAGAGCGGCACUGCCGGAGCGCGGGGAGGGGGACCGGCACCGCGGGGCCAGCCGCGCCGGCGGAGCCGGGGGGAAAGAUGAGCUUGUUGUCAACCAUCGACACCAGCGCCGCGCCCGUGUACCAGCCCGCCCAGCUCCUCAACUGGGUCUAUCUCUCGCUGCAAGACACGCACCAGGCCAGCGCCUUCGAUGCCUUCAGACCCGAGCCCUCCUCGUCCCAGCACCCCGACCUCGGCUACACCAAGAGCACCCCGGAGCUGGGCUCCUCACUCAGCUCCAGCUAUCUCAACAGCUUCUUCCAGCUCCAGCGGAGCGAGGCUCUGAGCAGCAGUCUCUACAAGAGUGCAUCCCCUUAUGGCUCCCUUAACAACAUUGUGGAUGGGUUAAGCUCCCUCACUGAGCAUUUCUCUGACCUAUCCCUUUCUUCAGAAGCCAGAAAACCCAGCAAGAGGCCACCUCCUAACUACCUGUGCCACCUCUGCUUUAACAAGGGACACUACAUCAAAGACUGCCCCCAGGCUCGUCCAAAAGGAGAAGGCCUGACACCAUACCAGGGCAAGAAACGCUGCUUUGGUGAAUAUAAGUGCCCCAAAUGCAAGAGAAAAUGGAUGAGUGGAAACUCCUGGGCUAACAUGGGACAAGAAUGUAUCAAGUGCCACAUUAAUGUCUAUCCUCACAAACAGAGACCCCUGGAAAAGCCGGACGGCCUGGAUGUGUCAGACCAGAGCAAAGAACACCCCCAGCACCUGUGUGAGAAGUGCAAAGUCUUGGGCUACUACUGCCGCCGUGUGCAAUAAACCUUCACCGUGGCCUCUUCCCAUCCCCAUCAUCCUGAGAGAUUCUCUG